AUCGAUUGAUCGAAAAACAUAAUUUGGAGAAAUUAUUACAUAUAUUAUACAUUACAGUACAAUAUAAUAAUGCAGUACAUUACUAUUCUAAGUUGCCGAUAAUAUCGAUAUGCGAUUCGCGCGAAGAGGCAUGAUGCUUGAAGAAGAAACUUGAUGCAACGUCGUGCGCGAAGAAACAGUUUGAAUCCCGCGCGAGGCGCGAGCGAGACGCUCCCUGAUUGCAGCUCGCGGAACUCGCAGUCGCGACCGCGCCGCCUCUGUCGUCAGGCGGUUGGUCGCCAGUGCGGCCAAUGGGCGCCGCGCUAGCGGACGCCAUUGCGGAGGACGGGUCUCGUUCGGUGGUGUCGUUCGCAGUGUGUGAUGUGGGGAAGCGUGUAGUGUGGCCAGUGGGGUCUUCUGUUGAAUUUUUUACUUAUUUAUUAGUAGUUAUCUGGUCUUUUGCACACGGCAGCAGCGAGAAUGUACCCCGCAGGACAAGCCCCUCCACCUGGACCUUCAACAAGUGGCGGUUCUGUUGGAACGGCAGGAGUGGCGACCAGUAGUGUCGCAGCUCCUAGCAGUAUGGGGCUGGUACCUGCACAACAGGCACAUGCACCUCCUCAAUCAAUGGAAACGCCAAUAUUCACGUGCCCUCGGAGACCAAACAUAGGACGGGAAGGUAGACCGAUCGGGUUGAGAGCCAACCACUUCCAGAUUAGUAUGCCACGUGGCUUUGUACAUCACUACGACAUUAGCAUACAGCCUGACAAAUGUCCUCGGAAAGUUAAUAGGGAAAUUAUAGAGACUAUGGUUCACGCGUAUUCUAAAAUAUUUGGAACUCUUAAGCCUGUGUUUGAUGGAAGAAAUAAUUUGUACACAAGGGACCCCUUGCCUAUCGGUAGUGAUAAAUUAGACUUAGAGGUUACACUGCCUGGUGAGGGUAAAGAUAGAGUUUUCAGAGUGCUCAUCAAAUGGGUGUCGCAGGUUUCGUUGUUCGCUUUAGAAGAGGCUCUGGAAGGCCGAACGAGACAAAUUCCGUACGAUGCUAUCCUCGCUUUAGACGUCGUGAUGAGGCAUUUACCAUCUAUGACAUACACUCCAGUAGGUAGAUCAUUCUUCAGUACGCCGGAUGGAUACUACCAUCCGUUAGGUGGGGGCAGGGAAGUGUGGUUCGGAUUCCACCAGUCGGUGAGACCGUCGCAAUGGAAGAUGAUGUUGAAUAUCGAUGUUUCCGCCACUGCGUUCUACAAGGCGCAGCCGGUCAUAGAAUUUAUGUGCGAAGUGCUGGACAUACGAGACAUCAACGAACAGCGGAAACCGCUCACGGAUUCUCAAAGGGUGAAAUUUACCAAAGAAAUCAAGGGUCUCAAGAUCGAGAUCACUCAUUGCGGAACGAUGAAGCGAAAGUAUAGAGUAUGUAAUGUUACGCGUAAACCAGCUCAAAUGCAAUCAUUUCCAUUGCAACUGGAUAACGGGCAGACGGUCGAAUGUACAGUUGCCAAAUACUUUUUAGAUAAGUAUAAGAUGAAGUUGCGUCACCCGCAUCUGCCCUGCCUGCAAGUUGGUCAGGAACACAAGCACACGUAUCUGCCGCUCGAGGUUUGCAAUAUCGUUGCCGGACAACGCUGCAUCAAGAAGCUGACCGAUAUGCAGACUUCGACUAUGAUCAAAGCGACCGCGCGCUCCGCACCGGAUCGUGAACGGGAGAUCAACAAUCUCGUUAGGAGAGCCGACUUUAACAAUGACUCCUACGUACAGGAAUUCGGAUUGACCAUAUCGAAUAGUAUGAUGGAGGUCAGGGGUCGUGUCCUGCCACCGCCCAAACUGCAGUACGGAGGGCGCGUAAGCUCCCUCAGUGGACAGGUGAGAAACACUUGCAACUGGAUCAGUCAGGUCUAGCCGAGUCACACAUUUGCGGAGGCUAAUAUAAUUAUUAAUUCUUUCUGGCAGAAGUCUUUAGUAGAGCAUCGAAAUUUCGCCAAGUCAUUUUGCUAUAUUUCUCUGUAUUUGUGAAUCUGCGAGAUCAUGAAACUGUUGCUCACGAUAUACAUAUAUAGGAUGUAUAAUUUUGAUUGUUAGGCUUAUUCUUGAUUUAUAUUAUUUAUCUUUUUUAUUCGAUUUUAUUCGUGUUUCGCGUAACAGCACUCGUGACAUUUACGUUUUAAUUAAAAUGAUGUAGAGGAAAGUCCCCGAUUAUGAGAUACCAUAUCGAUUUUCC